AUGUUUGCUUAUCAUCAUGGAAAAAAUUGUACCGAUUCGGAUUCAAUCGAUAAUAAUGUUAAUUCUACUGUCGAUAAAUCUAUUACUUUAUCAACAUUGCAGCCUACUAAUUUGUCACAAUUUUCAACAAAAUCAAUUGUUGAUCAUGAAAAGCAUAUUACAACAACAUCAGUUGAUUUUGAAACAGUUUCAAACAGAGAGAAUAUGCCAUUCCAACGAUCAUAUUCAGAAAUACGGGAACCUAUCUUAUGUCCAUUUUGUAAUUGUGACUGUGAACCAGUUGACUGUGAGGUGCAUCAGAUAUUUUGUCUUGAGAAUCCAAAAAAAGUCGAUCGAUUGUAUCAUGACGACCAAUCGACUGAUACUGCUCUUAUUCGUUGUGAACUUUGUAGAAAAUCGAUUGAAUGGCAACUUUUUGAAGAACAUAUCAAUUCUUGUGUUGAGCAAGAACAUAAACGAAGACACCAACAAUCCAGAACCAUCUAUCAGGACAACAAUAAUCGUCUUGGUCGACGCAAGUCUUGUAAUGAAGAGCGUUUCGUAAAUUUUCUUAGUCUUCAUGAGAAUUUGGAUGCUGAGCAAGAUCGUGAACGAAGAUUCAUCCAUCAAGACAAUAAUAAUGGCAUUGGUCAAUGUAAAUAUUGUAAUGCAGAGCGUUCGGUGGAUGUUCUCAGUGCUCAUGAGGAUUUAUGCCAAAAAUAUAGAAAUGCUUUUGUUAAUAGAUCAUAG